CUCACCGUAGUCUACGCCUAUGGUCCAUUCCAUCAUACUGCGAGAAUAGUAUUUGUUCUCGUUUUCGUUGUUGAAAAUGUACCUCAUCUUAAGAUCAACAUUAAUUUAAGUUAUGAAGAAAUCAGUACUCAUAUGUUAACAUAUACUCGAUUCUUAUUUUCAAAAAAAAUAUUUAAUAAUCGAUUUUCACCAAUGAUUCGCCAUCGAUAUUUUUCUGUUCUUUGUUACGAGAUCCUACACAAUAGAAGAUAUCUUUCUUGCUUGAUGAAUCUUUCAUUUGGAAUAUUUUAGAACUGGAGACAAAGAUAAUUACCGUCUCUCCCAAACUACCUGAAAACAAUGCUUAACCUACCCAGAACAGAAUUUGGGAAGUUAAUCCCUUGAAAGUGCAUAUGUCACGUGGCACACAUGAGCCCACACACUUACCUGGUCCCAAAUGCACCGUUACUAGUCACAGCCUUUUGCAUGAAGCAUUGUCUAUUUCAGUUUGCACAGUCCGCUCACUACUCUCUGGUCACUCUUGGAGUACGCAUCGUCAGGCACUCUCAUAUUCAUAUAGGUGUUUGACUUGGCACUGUUUGCCAACAUCGUUUUUAACAUCGCUGCUGGUAGUCUUCCUGUAACUGCUCCUCUUCUUCGCCUUACUUGGAAGUGUGCUGGAUCCAUAAAAGAUGUCCACAUGUAAGAGAUUAUUGCCAUGCCGUAGGGAAAAGCGGAAGAUUGUCAUUCAUCGUAGAAGUCCUCCAGAAUUGGAACAAAACGCAGGCAUGAGCUCAGCCCAUUAUUCUCUCCGGUGGAACAACCACCAGAGCCACAUCCUCGCAGCGUUCGAUACCCUCCUCCAAAAUGAAGCACUCGUGGACGUCACCCUGGUCUGCGAGGAGACCACCUUCAAAGCACACAAGGUUGUCCUGUCCGCCUGCAGCCCAUAUUUCCAGAGGAUAUUCUCUGAGACACCAUGCAAACACCCUGUCAUUGUGCUCAAAGAUCUUAAGGGUUGGGAAGUUCAGGCCAUCAUUGACUUCAUGUACCGAGGAGAGAUCAGUGUUGGCCAAGAUCAGUUGGGCGCCCUAAUGAAAGCCGCUGAGUCGUUACAGGUGAGAGGUUUAGCUCACACUGAAAGGAUUCCUGUUUGUGGGAAUGACAAGGAAACUGGACGGGAGAGGUACUCUCCUCAGCAGAAUUAUGAUUCCAGGCUGCCCACACUCCCUCAUCUUCCUAAUAUCUCCUUCACCGAAGGUCGACACUGCUCGUCGCCACUGCCAAGGAGGAAGCAGGCUCGACCACGAAGAAGAUCUGGUGAUGCAAGUGGACCCCAGGAUCUGAGAACUAAAAGUCCCGAACCAAGGAAUUCUGAGACCGCAGAAAAUUUGAGUAUGAAAAAACAAGGGAGACAAGGAACUACACCAACUCCUCCUCAAGUCAAUAUGAAAAUGGAAAGUGAUGACUCUCAACCUCCAGAUUCAAGUCAAAAUCAACCUGUUGAAUUGACUACUGUUCCUCAAGAGCCAAGAAUAGAUUUCAACAAUACAGAAUCUAUGGGAAUGCACCCUCCUCAUCAUGACUCUCCUAUUGAAAAUUCAUUUCCUCAUCUAGCUUCGAUCUCCGCCCUUUCUCUGACACCACCUCACAGAUUGUUCCCUGGUAUGGAUAAUUGUCGAAACCCAUUACUCAAUGAUCUCUCAGAACAAAGGCUUGACAAUCACAUUUCAAGCAAAAAGAAAAUGGGACGACCUAAAGGCCAGCACAGUGCUCCUAGGGGAGGUCCACCGCGAUCUUGGACUAAUGCUGAACUAACAGAAGCUCUGCAACAUGUCUGGAACAAAAAAAUGACAACCUCUCAAGCUUCUCGAAUUUUCGGUAUACCAUACAACAGCUUAUUGAUGUAUGUCAGAGGAAAAUAUGGAAAAUCGCUUAAACUUGAACAAUUGAAAAAAGAGUGCUUUGGCGAACUCGGUGGCCCUUUAGAUCUGCUUGGGUUAGGUAAUAUUUCUAAUAACAACAACCCGACAAAACCAAAGAUGCCUGAACCGGACCUGAUGCUCGGACCGCCUGGGUUCAAUCCUGGUCCUUAUCCCACAACUAAUUUUUAUCCUGACUUUGGAGCUUCAUUUCCUGUGCCAGUGGGAAUGGUACAUCUCCUUCCUCAAUCUGAAAAGAAUAGAGAGCCUGUGGAUUUUGCUAAAGAAGAAUCAAGAGCGACACCAAUGGAAUACCCAAAAGAGGAACUUCGAAAUUCUCCCAUGGCCUUAGAUUUUGUUAAGGAAGAAGCACAUGGGAACAACUGCAUUGAAAAUGAGGAGUCUAACAGUCCUCGUGGAAGAGAAAUACAACAAGCACAGAAUGGUCAGGAUUGACACACAAUACCUAGAUAUUAAAUAAAAACCCUACUUUUUUCUAUAUUUAAGAUAAUGUAAUAUAUUUGGUUAUUCUGUUAAUGUAGGGUUUUUAGCUGUGUACACUUGUUUUUCUUUGAAUUUUCCUAUAAAAUUAUUAUACAUUUGCAGGAAAUUCCUUUAGUGAAUGAAACAAAUGAAUUAACAUAAGGACUUAUAUGGAAUUUUUUUUCCGAUAUGUUGCUUUAUUUGUUUUGAAUUUGUUACUUAAAAUGUGAGAAUUCUUUGAUGGAGUGUGAAGUUCUCUUGGCGGUGAGAAACUGAUAAUUUAAAUACAGAAGACUGACUGAAACAUGCCAAUGUUCUAAGAGUAUUUUUAAUGUAUAUUUCAUACACCUUCUGUUUCUCUUUUAUAUAUGAAUACAUAAACUCAGUUCUUUUAAUUUUAUUAAUUUCUUUUUUAGUUUAAUAAUAUACUACUACUACAAACAGUUCCUGCAAACAGAUUUAUACCAAAUAAGAUUUAAUUUAUAGUAAAUAUAUAUUAAAUAGGAACAGGUUACUAGUAGAUUAGUCGGCACAGUAUUUAACAGUAUUGACCUCAUUCGAAUAAGGAGACUUGAUGAUUUCCUUCAUUUGAAAGGUUUUAUAUAUUUGGUGUGGCAAAGUCUGUAUGAUUAAGGGACUAAGGACUGUAAUGGUGCAGUUGGGCACGUUUUGUGCAACAACAUUUGUGAUUAGUACACAAAGGAAAGUUAUAGGAGGUAACUUAUUAGGUUAAGAAACAACCCAAAAUAAUACUGGGUUCGUGAUAUGGCAUUAUUGUUAAAUAUUCUCUUGUUAUGUUCUUAUAAAUGUUUUCGCUUUUAUUUUUUUGUUAAAGAAAAAAAUCCCCUUUUGAAGAUUGUUUUUUUGUCAACAUUCCCUUAAGAGAUUUGAGGGUAUACGAAUUUCAGAAUGAAAGAUAAACAUACGACGGAAUAGGACUAAAAUUUUCCUCAAAAAUUUAGUUAUAAUUAGUAAUUAAAAAAAAAAUACUGAAAGCACCAAAAUUUAAUGUAUGCACUUUAAUCUGCACUUGUAUAAAAUUUAGGCCAAGAAAAUUUUAGAUCUAAUUAGAUAAAUGAUUUUAGAAAUUUUCCAAUGUAUAAAAAAAAAUAUUCUAUCAAUUUACUAUUUGUUCAAAAUCAAACAAUAUUAACGGAAUCAUGUAUACAGUUGUUAAUAUAAUAUUUUAGAAAACGCUGUUUGAUAUUUUUACAGCUACAAAAAUAACACUUUGCAGGGUCAGGUAUCUCUAUCGGGAUAUAGCCUUUUACAAUAGAUACAGGUACAUAGAUUAAGUUUAUCAUUGUCGGUUGAUUUGUUUACAAUUUACAUUGGUUACUGCUCUUUUUCAAUAAUAUACACAAUAUGGGAUAGUUCUUUUAAAUAAUAAUUACCUUGUGAUAUUUUAAAUAGCUUCGCAACAAGAAGGAUACUACCUUGAACACAUUUUAUAUUUUAUAAAUAAAAUAAGAAGGAAAUAUAUUACAUAUAUAAUCGGCAGUAAUCUAUGUGAAUUACGUAUUGAUGCUCAUAUCAAUCAAAUCUCCCAUGCUACUUCAAAAUACCAUUGUACAGUUGUUUAUAUAAAAUUUAUGUAUUAUCUAUAAAUAUAUAUGUUAUCAUCUGUUUGUAAAUGUUCUACAGGCUUCCAAAUAGUUAUAGAGUUAGAUUAGUGUAUAACCUAAAUUCAGUAAGAAUGCUUGUCCUUGUACUGAUACAUACAGAUAAUUAAUUGGACUAAAUAAUAUAUAUAUAAAUAUAUAUACACCUGGCUAUUUAAUUAAAAAACCAACAAUAGGUGUUUGGAAAGGUAUUCUGUGUACAGUAUAUUAGUUUUUCAGUAAAUAUUUAAAUAUAUAUAUAUAAAGGAUGUUAUGUUUAUUUUUUUCUGCAUGUCAAAAAGUAUGAGUACCAAAUUGUAUGAUUAAUAAAAAAGAAGGGGGUGGAAUGUAAGGGUAAUUAUUUAGAUUAUUAAUCAAAAGGAAGGCAUUUGCAUAAUUCGAAAACUCAAAUCUUCAUAUAUUGGUACUGUUAAAUCUCUUUUUGUUUGGUUCUUAAUAAUUGGCCAGUGCCACAAUUAAUAGAUAAUACCAGUAUAAAGACAAAUAAGAAUGUUAGUCUGAUGAAUAUGUUUUUGAAGCAAACAGACUUUUAAGCUUGGGAAAAAAUAAAAGUUACUGUGAAUUUGGUUUUAAAACAUUUUUUAUAGAGGAUAUGGAAACUUUUUUACAUUUAUUGUUUUUAAUUGAGAAAAGAAAAUCCAUCAAUGAAUUAAUUUUACUCAUAAAACAUUAGUAGCGCCUUUCGUCGUAAAAUUCAAAUUAAUAUUCCAUUGAGAGAUAUUCUUUUGUCUACUUACUUCACUAAAUUUUAACUUUAGACCUGACUGACUAGUGGUACAUAAAGUUCAUCUGACAAUUAGAUUCCAGAUAUUGGGGAAGGGCGAACAAAAUGUCAUAAUUUUGUAUCAGUAAAUUCUAAAACCAGUCAUGAUCAUUUACAAUAACCACAACUGAGAGAAAGGAUACUUUACUAAUUUAUGUGGCACAUAUCUUGUUUAUUUUAUAUUAAACUAUUUAUUUAUUUGUUUUUUAACCUAAGAUUUUUACUAGAACAUUUUUUAAAGAUUUGAUUUCUGAAAAUGAUUCUUAAUCUAAAAAUUACUACAUUCCACCAAUAAAUAUUUAUUUUUGUACAUGUAUAACAAAAGUUUUUUAAAUAUACAUUAAUUAUAGUAAAUAUUACUACAACUAAAAUGUAUUUAAGAGGUAUCCUUCUAUAUUAUGUAAUUUGAUUUAUAUUCAGAAGUUUUAUUAUCCGUAGGUAUUGUUGCAUUACUUAAGAUUGGAUCUUAUUUUUUAAAAUGUGCAAUAUUACUCCUUAAUUUAAGUUCCAUAAUAUAGGCAUAAAUUCUGAUACAUUAUAUUUAUCUAAAAUGAUUCCUCGAUUUUUGGAACUAUCAAUGCUGUUUACCAAUUACAAGUGUGAUAUUAAGUCUUACAGUAGUCUAAUGAAUAACAAAAUAUCUUGGUAUGGUAACUUGUCCUGGAAUUAGCUUUCGUUAUCUUUCUUUCUAAGAACUUACAUACAUUUUUUCGAUGAAUGAAUGAAUAUAUACCCAUCCAUUUAAGAUUUCUUUUUCUGAUAAUGUAGAAAAUAUAUUGGAAAGUUACAAUGUUACCAUAAAUCUUUUCUUUUUUGUUUUUAUUUUUUUAUUUAUAGCAAUACUAUUUUACUUGGUGCUACUAUUUCUUUAUUUAUUAUCAUUAUUAUUUAAUUAUUUAUUCAAUAUAGAUUUUAUUUAUGCAUAUAAUUAUUUUGUUUCAUUAUUUUUCAUUGUUCUAUGUACAGCUUUGUUUAUUCUUAAUGUUUUUUUGCAAAUUUUAAAUUGUACUAAGUGUUAUAAAACAACCAUAUAAAUAAUUUAGUUGUUUUAGUUAUAAGUGCAAUUUAUACUUUAUUUCUUUGUUUAGUUAUUAUUAUUUCAAAUAGAAUUUAUAUGUGUAUAUUGUUCAUAAUUUAUUAUAAUUUUCAUUUCUAUGGAGUGUUUCUCAGAAUAUGCAGGCUGUGUGAUCGUUAAUGAGAAAAGGGAUUUUGUUGGCAAUAUCUGUUCUGGUAGAUUAGAUUGGUUUAUUUUCAUCAAAUAUGGUAUUAUUAUUACAAAACCAUGUAAUGGAACAUUUCAGAAUGAUGUAAUAUAAUGAAAUAGUUCAUAAAAAUAAGAAUUAUCCGAAUUAUUUUAUUGUCAAUACUAUUUUUAUUUUGUUUAAUUAAAUUUGUUUUUGAUUUUUAAACUCUAGAUUUUAUGAUAUUAGUGUUCAAUCUAAACCAUAUCUUUUAAAUUUUAUUUGUAUCUUCUCUAUUUUUUUCAGUUAAUUUAUUUUAAUUUUGGUAUUGGUUCCUUUAUUUAUUUUUUGUUCAAUGCAGUAUGUCAAUAAAUAAUUUAAUUUGCAUUUUUUUUUUGCCUUUUUUUUAAGUAUUUGUUUUUUUAAAGAGCCAUACCAGGGAAUAAUACCUCAUCCCCGAAACAAUACGUUACUAGUUAUUAAUAACUGCGGUUGAUGAUGUCAGGGCUGCAGAUUGUGUUAUGAGGGAUAGAAUUUCUGUGUCACUGCCCACAUUGUUAAUUUAAAACUGUUACCUCAAAGAUGUGAUUACUUUCUUUUUUUAAAAAAACAAAACAUUUUUAAUAGUCCCUUGAAAGAAACCUUAACAUUAAUUGUAAGCGCGUUUUAUAAGUAUUUUAGGAGACAUAUGAAACUGUUAAAUAAAUUAUUUUAUAUCUUUAUAUUUAUAUAAAUAAAUAAAUAUAUAUGUAAUGUAUAUUAUAUGUAAUAAAUGAAUGUGUGUUUGUACAAAUAGGCCAGAUUCCAAUAGAUUAGAUUUCAGAAUUUUUAUAUUUGUUGAGAGCUAGUUAACUGUUAUUUUCAUUAUUAAAAGGUUUCUUUAAAGGGACAAUUUAUUGUAUAUUUAGGAUCCUUGGUCCUGAUUCCGUAUUUUUUAUGUACUGAGUGUGAUAUUAUAAGUAAGACUGCUACCUCGAUGGUGCAUGCAAGAUUUAUAUGAUUCGGUGCCAGGUUAUACUUGUGGUGCACUCUACUGUUCCUUAUUCUUUUAUUCCUCUAUAAUAUACAAUAUUAAUACAAAGUUUUACAUGUAACUCUCAUAACAGUAGGAAGAUUAAUAAUUAUACAAUGAAUAAUGUAGAUAUAAGUGAUUAAAGGUUGUGUGUUAAUGAGUAAAUGGAUGUCUCUAUUCUCUCUUUUUCAUAAACAAUUAAAACUAAACAUUCCUUAAGGAUUCCAACAUAAAUAUAUAUCAUAUAAAUGUUUCAGAAAAUUUUGUAUCUCAUUGAAACAUUUGUGUUUUGGCAAUUAGAAAUCAAAGAAGUUAAAAUUGUAUAACCUAUGUACAAAUCAAUGUAAGACAACAGAUAUACUGAAUUAUUCACUCGGACAGGGUAGACACAACUUGACAAUUUUAUCCGAAUAUAUAUGUAAAUAUUAAUUGUAUAGAUCUUUAAAAAAAAAAAAAAUACAAAAAACUAUCAAUAGAUGUAAGUUUAAAGUAUAAAAUUGUAAAAUGUAUACAAAAUCAUUUGUCUUGUUAACAUAUUCGUUGUCAGUUGUCAAAAUUAUCUUAUUCGAAUAUUUGUUCUUAAUAAAUUGAUCGUUGGAAUUGUAAAAAAAAUUUACCCUAAUAGAAGUAAUGAACACUGUAUGUAGGAAUUUUAGUUCUGGAAAGAGUUUCAAUAAAGGUAUUAGAAUCAAAA